UCUAAGAUUUUGGGUUUCGCGAUGGACCGCGGUCCCUCUGGAGCCAACGAGAUCGUCGCGAUCCUCCAGAGAGCGCGCAGAUUGAUCAGCGAGGGGAAUCCGGGCCUCGCGCUGCAAGCGGUGGUGACAGCGUUAAGGAUCUCCGCAGGCGAGGCAGAAAUAGUCCCGGCCUUGAGACGAGCACACGAAGAGUACCUCAGCCAAGCCAAAGCCGCCGCGGUUGCCAGCGAUCUCUCAGCGUUGUUUGCCGAGGCUUGCGCCAUUGUGGAAGAAGCCUCCCAAAAAUCCCACAACAGCAGCGAUCAGGCGGCCACCACCUCCACGCCGACUUUGGCACCCACGGCAGCGGGCAUGGACUUUGCGAUGACGGAGAAUGGAUCAUCCUCGUCGUCGUCCCAGGAUCAUCACUCCCACGCCACGCCGGACCUCGUCCCGAUCCUCGCCGAGAGUGGAAGGAUGCAAGUGGUGGUGGACGCGUCGGCCGAUGGAAGCAGCUUUGUGUGCCGCGACUGCGGUGGAUUGGUGAGCAGUGCUCGACGAGACGAGCAUUUUGCGUUUUGGUGCAGCAGCCUAGAGCCAGGAUCCAAGCGAUUUGGAUCUGGCAGCAACGAUCACAACGACGAGAACGAGAACUAUAUGCAUUGCUGAUGGUUUCUUGUCCAUCCAGAGGCUAUAAACGAGAAACAGCUCAACGCUCUCCCUCUCGGAGAACGAGAACUACAUGCAUUGCGACGGCUGCUAAGAAAUUAUAAAUGAAGCUUAAAAAAUCGUCAGUAUGUCUGUCUGAAAUGGUAAUAUAUCCUUCUUCUAGUUGAUUUAA